AUGAUUCAACUACUAAUAUUGGCAUUAUUACCAAUAUCGACAUUUGGUGCAUCAGAAAUUGGUUGUUAUUCAAGUUUACCUUCAUCAUUUAGUGAUCAAUCAACAUUUAAUUUCCAAUCUUCAUCACAUUGUUCAGAUCAAUGUUCAAAUUAUGCAUAUUUUGCAUUAACAAAAGGUAAUACAUGUAUUUGUGGGAAUUCAAAACCAAGUGGUUCAACAUCAAAUGAUUGUAAUUCAAAAUGUUUUGGUUAUGGUCAAGAAAUGUGUGGUGGUGAUGAUGCUUAUAGUGUUUAUUCAACAGGGAAUGAUUCAAAUGAAGAUGAUAGUAGUUCUUCAAGUAGUGGUUCAGGAAACACGGAUAGUACUACAUCAAGUUCCACCUCUACAUCAACUUCUUCAACUUCAACAAGUUCAACAAAUUCACCAACUACAACAACAAAUUCACAAAGUACAACAACAACUUCAUCAAGUUCUAAUCCAACAACAACUUCCAAUUCAAAUACUUCAUCAAAAGAAACUGUUUUGACAACAAAUGAUGGUGGUAAAACUUCCACAGUGGUUCAAACAGUUGCAGCAACUGAAUCUUCAUCACCAACAAGUUCAAAUCAACAAUCAUCAUCAACAUCAAGCUCCAAUGCAAGUUCAUCUUCAUCAUCAGAUUCCAAAAAGGAUGAUGAUAAAGGUGGUAAGAAAACCAAUCUUGUAGGACCAGUUGUUGGAGGAGUUGUUGGAGGAGUUGCAUUAGUUGCAUUAAUUUCAUUAUUAUUCUUCUUUUUAAGACGUCGUACAAGUACAAAACGUGAUGCAGAAUUAGCAGAUUCAGCUUAUUAUGAUGCUAUAAAGAGAGAUAAUUCCACAGUGGCAAGACCUUUAUCAAAUCCUUUCCUAAGUAAAGAAGAUUAUAAUACAGAUCAAAGAUUAAACCCGGUAAUGUUGGGUAGAAGAAGAAUUAGUGAAGGUUCUUUAGCAGAUGAAGCUGAUUAUUCAAGAAAGAUUCUAAGAGUGGCAAAUCCUGAUGAUGAUCUAUGA